AAGAUACAGGCGACUCUGAAGAGAGAAAAGCCUAGUCUGGAAACACAAUGACUCUAAGCUGCGGGUGUUUGUAUAAGUGAAGUGUGAUUUCCUCUUCCCUAAUUCUCAUUGACAAUCACCUUUGGUCUCUUUCAGCCCCAACUCUUCAGUCAGAUCUUAUCAGAAUGUCAACACCAUGUGCGAUACAACGUGAGGCUCGUCUACGGCCAGGUGAAACAUGUCGUAGCAAGGAACAAUUUGCAGAUGCUCAAGUGCUGCCCAAGUGGCUAAUACCUGCCGACCGUCGAGGCUGGCGACGCGUUGUCCAAAACUUCACUCCAUCAUGGUUCGCUGUCACGAUGGGUACAGGCAUCGUCGCGAUCUUGCUCAAUGCCUUCUCUGAGCUCUACCCUCGUUACCAUGGCUCGCUGAGAACCCUCAGUAUCGCGUUCUUCAUCUUGAACGUUCUCAUAUUCUCCAUCAUACUCUUGAUAUCCAUCCUGAGAUACACACUGUACCCCGCCACAUGGACGCUGAUGCUUCGGCAUCCGGUGCAAUCGCUCUUUCUUGGCACGAUACCCAUGGGAUUUGCUACUAUCGUUAACAUGUUCGCUGCUAUUUGCGUAACAGCUUGGGGUGGCUCGACGCCGUAUAUCGUUUGGGGAAUGUGGUGGCUCGAUGUUGCGCUGAGCGUCGCGUGUUGCCUCUGGCUACCUUUUCAGAUGAUGACAAAACACCACAACCGCCAUGAGACGAUGACAGCAGCCUGGCUUUUACCCAUCGUAUCUUGUAUCGUUGCAGCAGCUUCUGGUGGUGUUGUCGCGUCAGUGCUACCUGAGCCAAACCAUGCCCUCGUCACCAUAGUCACCAGCUAUGCGCUGUGGGGUAUGGGCGUCCCGCUGGCACUCGUGGUUAUGGUGAUGUACUUCCACCGUCUCGCCAUCCAUAAUCUUCCAUCUCAGGAAGUAAUCGUCAGUGUUUUCCUACCUCUUGGCCCCAUGGGACAAGGCGGAUACGCCGCGUUGAAGCUCGGUAUUCAAGCUUCAAAGACCUUUCCAGAGACGAACACGCUGCAUCCAAUGGCUGGAGAGGUUCUUUACGUCCUAGGUUGGAUGACCGCCAUCAUACUAUGGGGAUUUGGCUUGGUAUGGCUAUUCUUCGCAGUUGCGUCAAUCAGUCAGAGCACGUUCCCUUUCAAUAUGGGUUGGUGGGGGUUCACCUUUCCCAUUGGCGUCUUUACCAUGUCUACCAUUACCAUUGGACAGGAACUUCCAUCCGCAUUCUUCAGGAUUCUAGGUACGGUACUUGGUGCCAGUGUCAUACUUCUAUGGCUGGUAGUCGCUGUUGGUACUAUGAAGAACAUGUUGUAUGGCAACAUGUUCCAAGCGCCGUGCUUGCGCGAGAUGGAGAAGAGAGCAUGUGCAGCAUCUGCUGAAAUGCAACAGCAGGACGUGUAAAGAUGACUAGUGCAAGACGUUUGUAUAUUCUGAUACAUACAUAUAUACGUAUUGUUCCGACACUCUUCACUUAGAAGAACGUGAUCAAGACAGACCGAGUUCGUCGUUGUGUAAGGUGUAUUAGAUUACCUACUCAUUUUGAUCAAAACUCACUCAGCUUUCAGAGCGACAGAUGUGUGUCGUGAAGUUCCGCACUAUCCGGUACUGCAACAUGAUCAUAAGGCC